GCCCGCCGCGGCUCAGGGCUUCACCCCGCGGAGGCGCGGACCGGCAUGGCGCUCCUUCUUCUCGUCGUGGUGGCGCUGGCCGGGAGCGAGGCUGAGACGAGCGCCGUGGGCCCGGCGCCGUCCUCGGUACCAGUACCAACCAAUCUUAGAAUUGAGGCCUUUAACUUGAAUACUAGUGUUAAUUGGGAGUAUCCAAUUAUGUCUCAAACCCCUGUCUUUACUGUACAGGUAAAGACCUACAGUAGUGCACAAUGGAUUGAUACCUGCAAUACUUCUCAUCAUUACUGUUAUAUUUCUUCCCAUAUUGAUGAUCCAGAAGUUCCGCUCUGGGCCAGAGUUAAAGCUAGGCUCGGACAAAAUGAAUCAGACUAUGUAGAGUCAAAAGAAUUUAUUUUGUGCAGACAAGGAAAAAUUGGGCCACCUACAUUAGCUUUAAGAGAGAAGGAAGACCAAAUCAUUGUUGACAUACAUCAUCCUUUAAGUAUGAUAAGUGGAAACGUGUCAGAAUUCAUGUAUGAUGAAGAAACCUCUUGUUUCUCUUAUAUAUACAAUGUAUUUGUGACGAUGCAUGGCAAUGAGACCAUAGAUAAAAUUCUGAAGUAUAUUGACGAUGAUUGCUAUGAAACCCAGUGCCAAAUCCAGAUUCCACUGCGCGCUCUGCGUCAUAAAUACUGUGCUUCAGCAAUGUCCCCACUGAGUGCUAACUACUGUGUUUCAACAGAAGGAGUCUCAGACGUCUGGUCAGUUACAACUGAAAUGUCCCCAGAAUCUUGUAUUGCCAUUUGCAGUGCUAAUGGUAACAGCGUUGAAAAUACUAUUUGGAUUCCAAUUUGUGCUGUUAUCCUCUUCUUUUUAAUACUUAUCCUGGUAUGUGGAUGUUAUCGCCUUAAGAAGAGUCAUUCAUUAAGGAGAGAAAGCGUCAGUUUACCCAAAUCCUUGAUGUCUGUGGUUAAAAUGGCCUCUUCAGAAGCAAAACCUGAGUCGAAGUAUAUAUCACCCAUUACCUACCAGCCAGUUGACAUAGAAAAUGAGAAGGUGAUCUCGGAAGAGCCGUUGUCUUCUCUGUCAGCAACUUCAGGUCAUACGGAAGAUAAUCUCGGCAAAGUAGAAGACAGAGAGCUUUUUGAUGUAAAAGAAGUGGUGGCGUCAGAAAUACAUGUGUCUGACACGGCGCCUGAUAGCCCUCUGACCGCAGUGAAGAGAGAGAAUUCUUCGCAUUCAGGAAGCAAUCAGUCUGAACUCUGUAGCGUCACUUUAAAUUCUUACCACUCCAGAAAUGGUUCUGAUAGUGGCCUCGUGGAAUCAGACAGCUUCUUAUCUGACUCAGAAUUUCCUCCAAAUAAUAAAAGUGAAAUAAAGACAGAAGGACAAGAGUCCACGAUGCUGAGAAACACUACCACUUCCUUUGGUUAUGAUAAACCGCACGUGCUGGUGGAUCUGAUUGUGGAUGAUGAUGGUGGGAAAGAGUCCCUGAUUGGUUAUAGACUCACGGCAGAUUCCAGAGAGUUCUCGUAAGAUCAACCAAGAUGCACCAACUUGGAAGCAUCCUGAGCAGUUUUUCUGCCUUGAUUUCAUGAAAUCUUGUGAUUUCAGAAACUGUAUCAUUGAUAUUAGCCAAAUGCAGUAUCUUGGUUUAGUUAAAAUUCAGAAGAGCCUGUUUGACACUGUCAUAUUUCAUCGGCAAACUGCAGACUAUUUGAAAAAACAAACCAAGCAUUGUCGCACAUGAGUCCUAUGCAGAUGGCUUAGCAUUAAAGGUGAACACCCUCUCAUAACCUGCUUCAUGUGAUAGGUGGUGAUACCUUGGUCUCCCGUCUAACCACUUCAGGAUUUUCUUCUUUUUCUGUGCCUUAGUUGUUGGGUUUUGUUUUUUCUUUUCGGAAGUUUACAUAUUAGUAUUUUAAAUGCUUUCAGGCAAAAUCUGAAAUCAAAUUUAAACUAAUAGAAUUAAUAGACUUUCUACCUGUAUAUUUUUAUGGAACAUUAUGGUUAAGUUUUUUAAAAUAAAUCAUU